AUGCGAUCUGCACAAGCGUAUGAUAUUGACGCUUACGGGCUGCAAGCAGCCGUAGAGGAAGGUGCAUCAGGGCUCCUGGCAGCGCGCCGAGACAGCUCAGAGAAACCUGACGGGCCAGAUGAGCCACCGACCAAUGCUGCUACCGUCGCUGCGACCACGACCGCUCCUACACAAGCUCCCGAGGGUAUCAACACGUCCGGGCUGGACCUUCUCUGCGCCGCCGCGGCCCAGUAUGAUCCCGAAGGCUGGGCUGAGGCUGGAUCAAAGCUGGAGGCCCGAGGAAACACCUUGGCCGAGGGUCACGAUGAUGAAGCUCUGUAUGAAGAAGAGGAUGCAGACACGAUCCUGGACGAGGAUGAAUUCGAAGUCGCAGACCAGGAGGGAGGUGCGAUUGAGGACGAAACUGCAGACGAUGAUGAAGAUCAAGGUCAAGACGACGAGCGAUUCAUCUUUGUCGUUGGCCGGUUCAUCGAUGGCCCCAAGGGAACACGGAUCGAUCAGCAAAGCCGCCUUCUUCUCAGUUGUAUUGAUAAAAACGGACAACCAAGGACGAAACAGCUAGAUCAUCCCAACUGGAACAACCCGCUUUACAUCGCGAGGUUGAAUAAGACUAAGAACCAGUGGCUCCGGCGUGCUCGCGGAAAGCCCCAGAAGGAAGUCCAGUUGUGGCAGGAUGAUGAACGUCAACACCUCAUGAAGCUGAUCCGGAAGAACAAGAGCAUAACUGUUGCCAAAGCCAAGGACUCACUCAACAAGUUCAACGAGGGCAAAACCUGGGUGUUAAGAGGCCAAUCUGUGUUGCGCAAGGAACGGGACGUGGGUUCGGUAUCGAGCGAGUGGAACCGAAAAGGUGGAGCAGUCCUCCGACUGAGAUGUGAACUUGGCGUGGCUGGAACUUGGAACAAGGCUUCAAACCCGAAGUCGACCGUGAAGGUAGAUGAGGAGGACGACCAGACUGUUGACGAGGAAGAGCAGGAGACUGUCCAAGAGAUGAGUAGCACUGUCAACGCCAAGGAGGAUAACCCAGAUGAUGCAAUGGCCCAACAGAAUGCAACUCCUGCUCCGACUAGAUCGAAUAAGCGCAAGCGAAGUACGGAUGAAGAGGGUGAGGAGGAGUUGGCGACACCAUCAAAUAAGAACGAUACAGCCUCCAAGCGCCCAACAAAGCGCAAGCGGACCUAA